AUGACUCAACUGGAUAUGAACAAUCUGAGAAUUCCAGAAUCAAAGCAAUCUUCAAUCACAGUUGCAGUGCGAGUUAGACCAUUCACCGAUAAAGAAACCAAUAACUUAAUUCAACCAAAUGACAACAAUUUCUUUCUAGGAGAAGGAUCAUUAACCAGUGGAGAGACUUCUCCCUCAAUCCCAUCCAAAAGAUCAUUAUUAACCUCACCAAUAGGCCUAAGGAAAAUCAUCAAUGUCGUGGAUGAAAAAAUGCUAAUAUUUGAUCCACCUGAAACUAAUCCAAUUGUCAAGAUGCAAAGAAAUGCGUUUCCUUCUGCUAAUGGUUCCAGAAUAAGAGAGCAUAGAUUUGUGUUUGAUCGAUUGUUUGACGAUGAUGCUACUCAACAGGAUGUAUAUUGCGGAACUACACGACCUUUGUUAGAAAGUGUUUUAGAUGGAUAUAAUGCCACGGUUUUUGCAUAUGGAGCAACAGGAUGUGGGAAAACUCAUACCAUACUGGGAAAUCCUGGGAAUCCCGGGGUGAUAUUUUUAACUAUGCAAGAAUUAUAUGAAAGAAUUGAUGAAUUGAGUGAUACGAAGAUUAUUGAUGUUAGUUUAUCGUAUCUUGAAAUAUAUAAUGAAACUAUUAAAGAUUUAUUGGAUGUAAGUACUGAAUCUAGGAAAUUGGUAAUUAGAGAAGAUGUAAAUCAAAAAAUAACCGUAUCUAAUUUAUCAAGUCAUAGACCAAAUUCCGUGGAGGAAGUAAUGGAACUUAUAUUACAGGGGAAUAAGAAUCGAACAACAUCUCCAACAGAAGCAAAUGUUACAUCAAGUAGAUCUCAUGCAGUAUUACAGAUCAAUAUAAUUCAAAAAAAUAGAACUGGUGAUGUUAAAGAAGAACAUACAUUUGCUACAUUAUCGAUUAUAGAUUUAGCUGGAAGCGAAAGAGCAGCAGCUACCAAAAAUAGAGGGGUUAGAUUAAAUGAAGGUGCAAAUAUAAAUAAAUCAUUAUUAGCAUUAGGUAAUUGUAUAAAUGCACUAUGUGACCCAAGAAGAAGAAAUCACAUCCCAUAUCGAGAUUCUAAAUUAACAAGACUAUUGAAAUUCUCAUUAGGUGGGAAUUGUAAAACAGUUAUGAUUGUAUGUGUAUCACCAUCUUCACAACAUUACGAUGAGACCUUAAACACAUUAAAAUAUGCAAAUAGAGCAAAGGAAAUUAAGACCAAAUUAAUUCGCAAUCAAACUAAUUUGGAUCGUCAUGUUGGAUCAUAUUUGAAGAUGAUUACUGAACAACGACAAGAAAUUGAUGAAUUAAGACAGAGAGAGGCAACCAUUGCUGAAACCGCCGUCGAAAAAUAUAGAGCCAUGGACCGGGCUGUAUAUAAUUCAUUCAUGGAAGCUAUUAAAUCGUUGCGAGCUUCGAUUAUAAAUCAUUCUCAAGAGAAAUGGAAGCGGGCAUUUAUUUUGGCAAAAAGAAAACUCUUGAUAAUUCAAAAAGUUGAAACAGAAGUUAUAGAAAAUGAAUGGAAAUUUUUAGAACAAUAUGAUAAAAUAAGAGAUUCAAUAGAAUUGAAUGCCGUGAAAGAUUUAAUAUCUCAAUUACAAUCGAAAAUAGUUUCACAAAUUCCUGAAUUAGAAUUCCAAUAUGCUAAACCAAAUGGCAUAGAUCAUAUUUUGAAUGAAUCUGCUAUGCAGACUUUAAAAAGAUUGUCCGAGAAUCAAGGAUGGUCAGAUAUGCAUACUACCUUAUUCAAUCAAUCCAUUCAAUCAUUGAAAGAUGAAGUUGAAAGAGAUAUAUUAUUCACUUCUUCAAUUCUAUAUGAUGAAUUAAUUAAUCAAACAGGACAAUAUCAUUAUGGUAUAAGGCAAUUAAUUAGAGGUUUUGCUGACGACAUUGUUCAUGAAGAUUGGUUAGCGGGGAUUGCAACUUGUUUGGAAAAGAUGAUCCAAGGUGAUUUUGAUUCUGAUAUUGAAGAGAUAGCUAGUGCAUUCAUGAAACAGAAACUACAUGAUCAAGAACAACAACAACAGCAACAGGAUGAUGUAAAUAGUUCUUUCGAGAUGGAUAGUUCGAUAAACAAUAGUAUGAUGAUGAUUGAUCAAGAUGAAGAUAUGCAACUUCCUAUCAAAAAAGUUAAAUUUGACAAUAAACCAACAAUCAAAACCACAACAUCACCGCCACUGAGAGGAAUCUCCAAAAGACUUAUGAAAACUCCAAUUACAAAACUGUCACCUAUUCGAAAACCCAAGAAAUCAGUUCGGUGGGAUAUACCCAAAAGUGAUUCAUUCAUGGAUACGAGUAUGGAGAAUUCAAUCAAUAGAAGUGAUGGCGAUAUUUCUCCAAUAACCACAAAUAACAUAUUGGACCAAUUAAAUAAUGAGGAUUUAGCAUUUAAAUUUGAUCCAAUAUUAAAUUCGCCACCUACAAAUAAUACUACCAAAGGAUUUGUGCCUAAGAAUAGAAAAUUGCUAACGGAUUUACGCAGAAAUCGAAGCUUACAAACAGGUUCAUCAUCAUCAUAUACAAAUCGAAAAUUGGGUUCAUUUCUGACACCAGACCAACAACAACAACCGUUGUUAAAUACAAGUGCGGCUGCUAAAUUAGUUACGAAUUUUAUCUCAGACGAUUGUAAUUUAUUACCUGAUGAAGUGAGGACAGAUUCAUCAAAUAUUGCUAAUCAGCAUUCCCACCAUCUUGAUGUUGUUCCGUCGCCCACUAGUCCGAUAAAAACGGCUUCAAGGUGA